UUACAACUAAGUAAGGCCUUACAAGAUAUAAACUUACACUUCUCCAGCUGAGUAUCAACUUUCAGGCGUAGAAUGAGCGCGGGCACGUCGGAUAUCCAGCAGGAGCCCGCAGAGCUCGCACGGUUCAGAGAGCAAUGGAAGGCCGAGGUCAGGGAACGGCAGGCUGUUACGUCGGGCGCGCGAACUCAACCCGUUCCCAGUGCCAGUACCAGUGCAGAACGCGCCGUUUCCCCAACUCGGAGUGACACCAGCACGAAGACUGCCACUAUCGCUAACACGUUCCCUGCACCCCGCGGGCUUCCCGGACCUGCAAUUCAUUCCAUUGCAGGUGCGCCGCGGCCAUCCGUCCCCGCCCACGCAUCUCACGGCCAAUCUCAUCUCAGUCCCAUUCUCGCUCACGCUAUCGAGGUCUAUCGUAACGCAGUUCAUCAUGAGCAGCAGAGUCAGCUAGACGAGGCUCUUCGGCUCUAUCGUCAGGCAUUCCGUCUCGACCCGAACGUCGAUCGUGCGUAUUUCAUAGAAGAACAACGCGCACAGGAGCGUCUUGCUGCUCGUCCCGCUGGUCACAGGAAAGUUCCGUCCAGCGGUUCGGUAGAUGGAGUUACACGGGGUGUGCAGAAGCUCGAAGUCCACCAGGAUAGCAAGGAUAAAUCAUUCGUGACUUCAAGGCUUCUUGCACAAAUCCUCAAGACGUUUCCUGAGAAUCUUGUCUUUGAGCCGGAGGAUGAGAAGGAGGGACGACCUCCGAUUAAUCUUAUCCCUGACGAGCUUCUGCUCAAAAUCCUCCGAACUCUUGAUUACACCACGAUUGAGCGGUUUGCGACUGUCAGUCGUAAAGCACGAGUACUUAGCUUGGACUCUGCGAUUUGGAGAGAUUUUGUCCACUUGGCAUAUAAGCCCCCGCAGAUCUCUGAUGAUGAGCCUAUAACGGAUAUUGUGGAACUGUACAAUUCGGAAUACCGGAGAGUCUAUAUGGAACAUCCCCGCUUGCGGCUGGAUGGGGUAUAUAUCGCUGUUUGCCAUUACAUGCGGACGGGCUCCAGCGAGAACGCUUGGGUUAAUAUAACUCAUCUUGUCACUUACCACCGAUACCUCCGGUUCUUCCCUAACGGACAGGUCCUGUCCCUUCUCGCCAACGAGGAAUGGCAACCUCAAACCGUUAUUCCAAUGCUCAAGCCCACCCUGCGCAUGAAGGGCUUCUACAUCGGCAACUGGUCUCUCUCCGGCAACACCGUCUACAUCACAAACCUUACCGAGAAGCCCCUCGCGCCAUCGCACGCCACUACCGAGCCGCAGCCGAACAAGUAUAUCUUCCAGAUGACACUCACGCUGCAUUCACGCCCCCUCGGGCGGUGGAACAAGCUGGAUUUUAUUGGGUAUGACUCUGUCAAUGUGGAGGAUGGGGAGGCGGUGCCCUUUCCGCUGAAGCAUGAACGCUCAUUUUGGUUCUCGAAGGUGCGGAGCUGGGCGGGGUAUUAGAUGGGGGGAUAUUUGCUAGCUGAGCGCUAGACGUAAUCAUGUGCGGGGCUUUUCGUAGGACAUUGGCUUUGCAGUUGGGGGUCUUACGGAUGUGGUCGGUCUCAGGCAUGUGCUAUCAUAGAGCAGUAGUUCUCGAGGACAAUACUUGAACUUCGGGAUGCAUAUAAAAGACCCUUGGACCCUACGUGAAGUGAGGAGCCCAUGAUGACCA